AUCUGGUGCGUGUGGUGGUGUGGCGCGUGUGCGUUCGAGACAGGACGCGUGUGACCCGGGCGACAUCGCCGCGGGCACUGGCUGACCGGCGAGGUGGCAUUGCGAUCCAAGUGCGUGUGAAGUGAGACCACGCAGACGGCUCCGUAUCCCGAUCGUACACGUCAAACGCUGAGCAUCGGCAACGAAAGACGCUUUGUUGACGGUCACCGCGUGGGACCGUCACUUCGGCCACAGCCGCCGCGUGCUGAGGCCGUAACUGCCGGUGGGCGCCACCCGGGCAAAACGGAAGUGACGUAUUUCGGCAUCCUCCGCCGACGAAGAUUAGCGCGGAGUCGACCGAUCGGAGAACCGCGCGGCCGGCAUGCGGUUGUGAGGGGCCCCGAAGUGUGACCCUUGGGCCUCGCCCGAGCCGUGGACUGGAGGUCAGCCAGCGUGCGAGAGGGGCUGCCAUGGACUCGAGGUCGGCGGGGGGCCGGCUAUGGGCUGCCGCCGUGCUGCUGCUGGUGCUGGCGCUGCUGGACUCGACAGCAGGUGGAGAGAUCCGAAGGCGGCGACGACGCAACGAGGACAUCCCCACCUUCCAGCAGCAGGUGUACACCACCAGGAACGUCACCGCCAACACCAGGAACAACACGAAGCUGAUCACGGUGCUGGCGACGGGAGCGCCCAACAUCCAAUACAACGUGGACAAUCCGCAGCUGUUCCGAAUCGAUAACAACGGCAACGUCUUCACCAACACCAACGGCAGGCAGCUGAUGGACGGAGGAGUGCUCAACUUCACCGUUGUUGCGGUGAACCCAGAGCACCCUCAUCGGAUGGCCACUGCCACGGUGCUAGUGACGGGAAACCAGCCGCCGCAGCUCUCCGAGCGCACCUACACGGCCAACGUCUACGAGAACGCCGCCGGCGGAUCACUGGUGCGGGCGGUUGUGGCCCACGACCCGGACACGGACGUCAUCAGCUACUUCAUCCGACCGGACGCCGGUGGCCUGGACGUCGAGGAGUAUGAAAUGUUCACCAUCAACCGCCAGACGGGCGUGAUCCGGCUGGUGAUCCGGCCGUUCGUGUUCUCGGAGGAAGACUACUCGUUCAUGGUGGUCGCCAGAGACACCCACGACCAGAACGACACGGCCCACGUCCACGUCCACGUCAUAGAUGUGAACAACAACCGGCCCAAGUUUCCGCAGUGUGAGGAGUACCGACCGGAGGUGGAGGAGAACAAGGGCAUCGGGACGCCGGUACUCACGGUGGAGGCGACGGACGCGGACAAGGGCGAGAACGCCCAGGUGGUGUACUCACUGGUGACCAGCCCUUUCUCACUGGAGUCGUUCUUCAGCAUCGACCCCGCCUCUGGGCAGCUCACCACGCUGAAGAUGUUUAACCGAGAUGAGCCGGACCAUGAGAAGGAGCUGCGUGUCAUCGUCAAGGCCAAUGACAAGGGCACGCCGUCGCUGGAGGGCACGUGCGCGUUCGUAGUUAAUGUGCGGGA